AUGCCAUUUCCUACAAUUUCCAGACCCCGGCCGAUAAACACCCGGUUCGAGCAUGGCUCUGAUGCUUCCGUGUCGCUCUCCAGCCCGGUCACUCAUAAAACGAGCGCCCAGCUAAGCCUCGAGCAUUUGUUACAGGGAACGACUCCGGGUGUGCCAGCGCAGGCCAAGUCGGGCUCGGUGUCCAGCACCAAAGCCCGUGAUGCCAAACCGCGCCUUCUUCUGAUGGGACUUCGCCGAAGUGGCAAGUCAUCCAUUGCCAGUGUUGUCUUCCACAAAAUGCCGCCGAAUGAAACGCUUUUCUUGGAAUCUACCACACGCAUCCAGAAAGACUCGAUUCACUCUUUCAUGGACUUCCAGGUCUGGGAUUUCCCAGGCCAACUCGAAUACCUCGAACCCUCCUUCGACCUCGAAGACAUCUUCGGCAGUCUGGGUGCGCUGGUGUGGGUGAUCGACGCACAGGACGAUUAUCUGGACUCUGUCGCGCGCCUCAACCGCACAAUCCUGACAGUCCAGCAGUACUACCCAGGGAUCAACAUCGAGGUGUUCAUCCACAAGGUGGACGGACUAUCAGAUGAGUACCGCACCGACACAUUCCAGGAUAUCGUGCAGCGCAUCUCAGACGAGCUCAGCGACGCCGGGUACGAGAACGCGCCCGUGCACUACUACCUGACGUCGAUCUACGACUACUCGGUGUUUGAGGCCUUCAGCAAGGUCAUCCAGAAACUCAUUCCCAACCUCUCUACCCUCGAAAACCUGAUCAACACGCUUGGCAACAACUGUGGCUUCGAAAAGACCUAUCUCUUUGACGUGCUGAGCAAAAUCUACAUUGCCUCUGAUACCCGCCCCGUCGAUAUGGCCUGCUACGAGAUGUGCUCCGACUAUAUUGACGUCAUUGUCGACAUCUCCGAGCUGUAUUCGUGGGAUCACCCCGAUCGGAAGCCCAAGGGCGAUCAGAUUCAGGAAGCCGAGAGCCAUGUAGUGCUGCACGACGAGACGAUGAUUCAUUUGAUGGAGAUGAACAAAUAUCUCUGCCUCGUCUCUGUCAUUCGAAACUCCGAAUCUAAAGAGAAACGAGGCCUGAUCGAUAUGAAUUGCCGCACGUUCCAGGACGCGCUGAACGACGUGUUUUCGCGCAGCUGGGAGCAGGACGAGCAGUCGACGUGA